AAUCAAAGCCUCCUGCGUGGUUUAAGCUGAUCCCCCCAUCUGCUCCGUUCCUUCAAACGCAACAGUUAAUACAAAUUCUCUGCCCAUCCGGCACACUCUCUCUUCUUCUCCUCUGCUUUUACGAGGAGGAAGCCGCAGGAAUCUGUUCUGCCCGUCGCAUCUUUUGCUGAAUACUUUCCGCUUUUCUUCCAGGUGAUUAACAACUAUCUGGAUGGGGCUCAGCCUGGGGCUCAGUCAGAAAAUCCAACGCCGUCGCCCGGAGGGAUGCAUUUCCGAGACAGCAAGAGGAAAGUGGACUACGUCUUAGUCUACCACUACCGCAAACAUUCCUCGGACAAUGGUGGUGAGAGUCAAGGCCCCGUACAUAGGCCGGGCUCUUUGGCGAUUAUUUCUAAUGGGGAGACCGCCAAAAGCCAGCAGAAACAACAGGAAGGAUCUACUCCAGAAGCCCAGGUGAUUGAUGUCGCCCCACAGGACGCUUUGGAGGUUGCAAAAGAGGAACAGAGGGAGGAGUUUGAACGCAACUUGUUGGAAGCUGGUUUGGAGUUAGAAAAGGAAGUGGAGGUAAGAGAAACUCAACAGCGCGGGUCCGGUUGUCUCCUCAUUGACAAUUUCUUUGCUGCUGUUUGUACAGUCAAAGUGACUUACGCACAUAAUUGUCCUGCUGUAGCCAUAUAG